ACGUCCCCCGGCCGGCAGGGGGAGCCACCGCGCACGGCCAGCGGCGGCGCGGGCAGGGCCUUUCUGGGAGGAGAGGAAGAAACGAGAGAGACGGCGAGAGGAAGUCGCGGUGGCACUCAGCCCCGCAGUCUCCGAGGCGGAGCUGGUGCUGGUCGCUGGCGGGAGCUGGACCACGCAGCCACGCUGGCUGCGCAUGGAGCAGAGGACUCUCGCGGAGGCGGGAUGCUCCCGCCCGGCGAGAUCCGCGAGGCGUCGGCAACCCCGUGCUGCUCUGAAAGUGGUGAGGAAAGGAAAAACGUCGAGGAGAAAAGUGACGUAAACAUUGCAGCUCUUGUUGGAAAUGAACAAGUUGGUGAAGGUGCAGAUAACGGUGAUCUCCCUUCCUAUGUGUCUGCAUUUAUAGAGAAGGAAGUUGGAAAUGACCUUACAUCUUUAAAGAAACUUGAUAAACUCAUAGAACAGAUGACAGAAAGUAAAAUGCAGUUGGAAGAACAGGUACUUACGAUUUCAUCAGAAAUCCCUAAAAGAAUUCAGAGUGCCUUAAAAAAUGCAGAAGAAUCAAAGCAAUUCCUUAAUCAGUUUCUGGAGCAAGAAACUCAUCUCUCCAGUUCCAUUAACAGUCAUUUGCUGACCGCACAGCCCUGGAUGGAAGAUCUUGGGGCCAUGAUUAACCAAAUUGAAGAAAUUGAACGGCAUCUUGCUUACCUUAAAUGGAUUUCACAAAUUGAAGAACUAAGCGAUAACAUUCAGCAAUAUCUGAUGACCAAUAAUGUCCCAGAGGCAGCCUCUACUCUGGUGUCGAUGGCAGAACUGGACAUCAAGCUUCAGGAAUCAUCUUGUACUCAUCUUCUUGGUUUCAUGAGAGCCACUGUUAAAUUCUGGCAUAAAAUUCUCAAGGACAAGCUUACAAGUGAUUUUGAGGAAAUUUUAGCACAGUUUCAUUGGCCAUUCGUUGCACCCUCUCAGUCUCAAACUGUUGGCUUAAGUCGACCAGCCAGUUCCCCUGAGAUAUACAGUAACCUGGAGACGCUGUUUUGUCAGCUUCUGAAACUACAAACCUCAGAUGAAUUACUUACUGAGCCAAAACAACUUCCAGAAAAGUACUCUCUUCCCGCAUCCCCUUCUAUCAUCCUGCCCAUCCAGAUUAUGCUGAGUCCCCUCCAGAAGAGGUUCCGGUAUCACUUCAGAGGGAACCGGCAGACUAAUGUCAUAAGCAAGCCUGAAUGGUACUUGGCUCAGGUCCUUAUGUGGAUUGGGAACCACACUCAGUUUCUGGAUGAGAAGAUUCAGCCAAUUUUAGACAAAGUAGGCUCUUCGGUCAAUGCAAGGCUUGAAUUUUCUCGAGGCCUUAUGAUGCUGGUUCUUGAGAAGUUAGCUGCUGAUAUUCCUUGUCUCCUCUAUGAUGACAAUCUCUUCUGUCAUUUGGUGGAUGAGGUGCUUUUGUUUGAAAGGGAGCUACACAGUGUUCACGGCUAUCCUGGCACUUUUGCUAAUUGUAUGCAUAUUCUGUCAGAGGAAACCUGUUUUCAGAGAUGGUUGACUGUGGAGAGAAAAUUUGCUCUUCAAAAAAUGGACUCAAUGCUUUCAUCAGAAGCUGCCUGGAUAUCCCAAUAUAAGGAUAUCACUGAUGUGGAUGAGAUGAAAGUUCCAGACUGUGCAGAAACUUUUAUGAUGCUACUCUUGGUUAUAACUGACAGGUAUAAAAAUCUUCCUCCAGCUUCCCGAAAGCUGCAGUUCCUGGAGUUACAGAAGGACUUAGUAGAUGAUUUUAGGAUACGAUUAACUCAGGUGAUGAAGGAAGAGACCAGAGCUUCCCUUGGCUUUCGAUACUGUGCAAUUCUUAAUGCCGUGAACUAUAUCUCAACAGUACUAGCUGAUUGGGCUGACAACGUUUUCUUUCUGCAACUUCAGCAGGCGGCACUGGAGGUCUUUGCAGAGAAUAACACUCUCAGUAAAUUGCAGCUGGGACAGCUAGCCUCCAUGGAGAGCUCUGUCUUUGAUGACAUGAUUAACCUGUUAGAGCGUUUAAAGCAUGACAUGUUGACCCGUCAAGUAGACCAUGUUUUUCGAGAGGUUAAAGAUGCUGCCAAAUUGUAUAAAAAAGAAAGGUGGUUGUCCUUGCCGGCUCAGUCCGAGCAGGCAGUGAUGUCCCUGUCCAGCUCCGCUUGCCCGUGGCUGCUCACCUUACGAGACCGUUUACUUCAGCUGGAGCAGCAGCUCUGCUUCUCCUUAUUUAAGAUUUUCUGGCAAAUGCUUGUGGAGAAGCUGGAUAUUUACAUCUACCAAGAAAUAAUUCUUGCUAAUCACUUCAAUGAAGGCGGGGCUGCUCAGCUGCAGUUUGACAUGACUCGGAAUCUCUUCCCUUUGUUCUCUCACUAUUGCAAGAGACCGGAAAAUUAUUUUAAACAUGUAAAAGAAGCCUGUAUUGUUUUGAAUUUGAACAUUGGUUCCGCCCUGCUUCUGAAAGACGUCCUGCAGUCAGCCUCGGUGCAGCCUCCUGCCACAGCCGCGUUAAAUGAAGUUGGAAUUUACAAACUGGCUCAACAAGAUGUUGAGAUUCUACUUAAUUUGAGGACAAACUGGCCUAACACUGGAAAAUAAUGCAUCUCUUUUGUUUUUAACAAAGAGGAAGCCAAUUGGAUUUCAAGUUAUAUGAUGAAGUUCUGAGUUAAUGAAACUGGACAACUGAAAACUUCAUAGAAUCAUUUAUUACGUGGACUUAUGGUGUUAUUAAAAUGAUGACCAUA